AUGAGGUCAAAUAAGAGCCGGACACGACUAACCAACCACGCGGAGCACGUGGCGGCCCCGUCUGUCCGUAAAUCACUUCUCCAUGACUUCAUGAAUUGUGAUAUCCAAGAACAGGAAGACGAAUGUGACAAGCAGGUAAAGAUGGUUCUUGAGGAGCCCGGAUCUACUGACUUGGGCAAUCUCAGUCUUGAAGAAUCGGAUACGAGUUCUGUGACGUCACCAUCAACAUUAUGGCUUGCAGCGGAAACAGAAACCCCUGUAGGUAGCCGUCUUGAAUUACUAACUCCGAGGAAAAGUCAACCGGGUGAUAUAUCAACAGGGAGACUGUCAACACGCCCUCGCCAAACGUUACCUCGCAUUAGACGAAGUGUGUCCUUUGGGGGUCAGUCCGAGUUUAACAUUGACUUUAUGGAGGCAGGAAGUGACGCCAUGCAAACAGCAGUAGAUAAGUUGUCCGACAACGACAGUCUGAUCGGAGACGGAAGUGCGUCACACUGUCUACCAACAGUCGUGGGGAAACACAUCGACAUCAAAAGUGUCAAUUCUCAAACACUGUUCGAGGCUCUGUGUAACGGGAACAAGAGAGAACACAUCAAAGUCAUAGACUGCCGAUAUCCAUACGAGUACAAUGGCGGACACAUCCAGGAUGCUGUUAAUCUGUACACGCAUGAACAAAUCCUUAAUCUCCUAGAAGAGGGGUCAAGGUCAGAAAGUGGGAUGACUCCUCACAAACUUGUCUUUUACUGCGAAUUCUCUUCAGUGCGGGCACCAUCUAUGUACCGGUUUCUUAGAGAGAAGGACCGCUCAUUAAACAGAGAUAUGUAUCCGGGCCUGAUCUACCCAGAAAUCUAUCUCCUGGACGGAGGGUACCAAGCAUUUUUCCAGUCAUUCAAGGAGCUGUGCACACCAUCAGCCUAUGUACCAAUGCGCUCACAAUCUCAUCUCGCCGAACUACGCCAUUUCCGCACGAAGUCAAAGUCUUGGACGGCGGGAGAAAAGAGACGACUUUAUUUGAAGUGUCUCCGACUUUAA